AUGAAUUGUAGCCGGAAGCGGUUGGGAAUGCCGAGAAAGGCGCAGCCGGAGCCACCUGAGGAUUCCGAUUUCACCCGGGAUAUCGAGAUGAUUGGAGCUCAGAUUCGAAGCUUUGAUCGUGUUUGCAGCCAGGCAUCUGCAGGCAGUUUUCCAACGGAGUCCAACAUAAGUGGACUCUCGGCACUCAGUGACUUGGAGAGCCUUGCAGAUUCUUCCGAGUUGGUCGAUGGCAGUCUGCUGUGCGAGGGCGGCAAGGAGACCAGUGCCCUUGUGGCGAGUAUCCUGGAAGAGAGCCUCGAUGAUCCUGCAUCUUCAGCUUCUGUUUUGGAGAAGUUUUUCAAAGAUCUGCAACAAGGCUCCCAUGAGGAGGCCGAACUGCCAGAAGACAUCGUGCAACAGCUGAAUCACCGGGCAGACGACAAGCCUGCCGUGACCCUCCCGCUGCCAAGCAUCACUGACAACGGUGAAAAUGCCCUAAUGGCGCGAGUGCCGGUGGCGGCGGCAAUUUCUGAGAUUCGGCGCAGCGCCGGAAGCGGCACGUUGGGCGCUGGCGAGGCCCAUGUGUUUGCUUCGGCGGCCUCACGGGAAUCGUGCAGCCCACAGCUGCUCCUGCUGGACAACCUGCUCAAUACCUGUGGAUACUCUGACAUCUCGGACUCCAGGCUAUUUGGUGACACAAAGGCUUCGAUUAGCGGAGUGGUUGAUGUGGCCACACUUGCAACGAAGGGAGACUUGCUCCUGAUGAGCACCCCAAGAGAGAGCUUGGCAGAAGAUGUACAACAAGCCGUGACACAAGGUGUUUCUGCCAUUGGCCUCAUUGCAACUGAGCUUGAAGAAGGCAUGAACGAGGCUGGCCAGCUUUUCGACCAAUUUUCAGACGCCGGUCUGCAAAGCUUGGUUGUUCUGGACUCAUCAUCAUCUCCUGCUUCCUGCUUGGCCAAGGCUUUCUACUCAGCUAGCUACCGUGAAUCCAACAUGCAGUUGAUUGGCGUCGUAGGUGGCGAAGAGUAUGAUGUGAGGACUGCUGCGUGGCUGCUCCUGAAGCUUCUGGAAUCCUCAAAGGGCCCAGCUAAAACGGGACUGUUAAGCGACCGUCGCUGCAUGAUGGCUUUUCAAAGCAAGGACGUUGGGCAUCUGCUCACGGACUGCAUGCUUCAUGAACUCCUAGCAGACAUGGCGGCCACAGGUGUCGAGGCUUGUGUUGUUGAGGUUCUUCCCGGCUCCGCUACUUUUGAAGGAGUUGUCUUCGAUGUCGUGAUGGAUCUGGGUGAUGCUCCAAAUGCAGUGUCACAUGCGGCGUUGCUUCGCCAGCGAUGCCUGCAAACCUCAGAAGUAGUGGUUUGCCCAGAGGGGUGUGCAAGCCAGAUGGGGGAAAGAGGUUCUUUUGUUACAUAUGCCCUGGAAGAGCUUCCAGCUGAAGUGACCAAGGAGUCGGAGUUGAGCAAGCUCACUAAACCUCAGAUUGUUCAAAAGCUUGCUGAUCUUGGCAUUGAGGGGUUCCCAGAAUCAGCCCGAAAAGCGGAUCUUGUUCAGCUGUUGGCGGAGCAUCUUCCAGAAUCCGAGGCGAUUGAAAGCAAGAGCUUAGAAGGCUUAGAAUCUGCAUCCAGAGAAUCAAGAGGCACUUCGACUUGCCUUUGUGGCCGAAUCGGCCCCGUUCGCGGUGUGAGGCUUGAGUUGCAACUCAGUGGUCUGGGCAUGCGUGGUGGGACGAAAGAGUCUUUCGUGACUUUGAAGUUGUUGAAAGAAGCCAGCAAAGCUGUUGUGGCGGCUCUUGGUGCUGCCGAUGUCAUCUUGCAGGACCAGGACGCAAAUAUUGAAAGCUUGGCUGCCGAACUUGAGACCAUGAGCCCACCCCCAGGAACCUUUGAGAUUUUUGCGUCUGAGCAAAAGCCCUCGAGUGCAGUCAUACUACAUGAGGCCCCAUCGCCUCUGGAUGUCAAGCAAGCUCUGCAGGUCAUCAAGUCAUCCUUGUCCCACCAGGCGCGCAGUCCAAAGGUGACUGCAGUGUUUGGCUGUGAUGGCGAAGUGUCUCGAGGCGAGAGGGCCAAAUUUGGAUGGGCCCUUGCAAGCUGCGACAGGGUCGUUCUCACAUCCGCAAGUCCACGAGGAGAGCCGCCCAUGCAGAUUCUUGAGGAUAUCUUGGAAGCCGUGAAGCAGCAAAGAGAGUUCGAGCUGAAUGAAGCAGGAUCGCUGGACGUUUUUGUGGUGGCUGACCGAGCCGAUGCCAUUAAGCAGGCUACGCUGCUCAGUGUGAUCGACAGCUUCGACGAUGGACAGGAAGAACCGCUGGCAGAAGUGGCCAUUGUUUUUGGCAGCAGCUAUGAUGAUGCUCGUGACGCUGCAGAUCACGAAGGGGAAAUCCGAUCGUGGCUCUGCAACGAUCGGAAGAUUAUACUAGAUUCACUUCGUUUAGCAGAAGGCUUGAGCUCAUCAUCGUUGCAACACAUGCCGUGGCGGAGCUCCAAAACCAGAAUGGUUCAGUUUCCAGGACGGUCUUUGCACUGGUCCUACACGCUGGAUGUGUCCAAUAAGGGUGAUGUGACAGAGCGGCUUUGA